CAUGCUGAGUCUCUGGAGCUGUCAGUAGUCACACGCAUCACCGCCCUGUGCAACAACAGUCCAAAGUUUGCUGCUGAACUUUCCCUGGUCCCAGCUGGGACUGCAAGACAUUCUUCCCCUCCUUGCUCUUGGAACCUUUGUCCGUUCAUUCGGAUGCUUUAGCAGUGAAUUCGUGCUAGUUUCUGGCUGAUUUCCAGGCUCUCCGGACCACAAAAGGACGGCUUGAGGAAAGUGAAGAGGAAGCGGUGCUGUGUGUGUGUGUGUGUGUGUGUGUGUAGUGUAGUGGAGUGGAGUGUGCUCGCGGCUCCUGCGACUUCACGCGCUGCAGCAACGCCACACAGCUCGCUGGACUUCAGCAGCAUUAUUAUUAUUAUUUUUAAAAUCAGCGUUGUGUUUUUUUUUUUUUUUUGGGUUUGUUUUAUGUUCUUCUCUGAUCUGUUCUGAUUCCGCGAAAAAAAAAAAAAAUGGCCAGAAUGCUGAGCAAGGACCUGCCGGAUAUCGAGAAUAUCCUUGCCCUCAAUCCGAGGGUGAAGAGCCAUGCCACGCUCCACUCCACUGCAGCCAAGAAAGCUGAGAAAAAGCACUGGAAGAGGAACAUAGAGAAAGGCUGUGAUAGCUGCGUGAAGCUGGAGAACAAUUUUGAUGACAUCAAACACACGACACUGAGCGAGCGCGGAGCACUUCGUGAAGCCAUGAGAUGUCUAAAGUGUGCAGAUGCACCUUGUCAGAAGAGCUGCCCCACUAAUCUCGACAUAAAGGCUUUUAUCACCAGCAUCUCUAACAAGAACUAUUACGGGGCAGCGAGGGCGAUCCUGUCGGACAACCCGCUGGGCCUGACAUGUGGGAUGGUGUGUCCCACCUCAGACCUGUGUGUGGGUGGCUGUAACCUCUACGCCUCAGAGGAAGGGCCCAUCAACAUUGGAGGACUGCAGCAGUUUGCUGUUGAGGUGUUCAGUAAGAUGGGUAUUCCUCAGGUGAGGAUGCCUGGCCUUCCUCCUCCUGAGCAGAUGCCUGAGAGCUACCACUCAAAGAUCGCUCUGAUCGGCUGCGGCCCUGCCAGCGUCAGCUGCGCCUCAUUCCUUGCUCGUCUCGGUUACAGUAACAUCACGAUCUUUGAGAAGGAGAAGUAUGUCGGUGGACUGAGCUCUUCAGAAAUCCCUCAGUUCCGCCUGCCCUAUGAGGUGGUGCAGUUUGAGCUGGACCUGAUGAAAGACCUGGGAGUGAAGAUCGUCUGUGAGAAAGGACUAGGCCAAGAUGGAAUGACACUCCAGUCGCUGAAAGAGCAGGGAUACAAGGCUAUCUUCAUUGGAAUUGGUCUACCUCAAGCUAACAGGCACAAAAUCUUUGAAGGCCUCUCUAUGGAGCAGGGAUUUUAUACCUCCAAGGAUUUUCUCCCACGAGUUGCCAAGGCCAGCAAACUAGGGAUGUGCAGCUGCCGCUCAGCGCUGCCUCGGCUCCAUGGCUCUGUGAUUGUCCUGGGCGCAGGAGACACCGCCUUUGACUGUGCCACCUCUGCCCUGCGCUGCGGCGCACGCCGGGUCUUUGUGGUGUUCAGACGUGGCUUCACCAACAUCCGCGCAGUCCCUGAAGAGAUGGAACUGGCCAAGGAAGAGAAGUGCGAGUUCCUGCCUUUCCUGUCACCAAGAGAGGUUAUACUGAAGAAGGGCCUUGUGCACGCCAUGGAGUUCUGCCGAACGGAGCAAACUGAGACGGGCGAAUGGGUUGAGGACCAUGAGCAGAUCAUACGCCUCAAAGCCGACUUCAUCAUCAGUGCGUUCGGCUCUGUGCUGAAUGACCCUAAAGUGAAAGAGGCCAUGGCUCCCAUCAGGUUAAACAGAUGGGGGCUUCCUGAGCUGAACCGGGAGAGCAUGCAGUGCAGUGAGCCAUGGGUGUUUGCUGGGGGCGACGUAGCCGGCCUGGCCAACACCACUGUGGAGUCAGUCAACGAUGGCAAGCAGGCCUCCUGGCACAUCCACAAAUACUUACAGGCCAUUCAUGGACAAACGGUUAGCAGUGAGCCACAACUGCCUCUGUUCUACUCGCCCAUCGACACCGUGGACAUCAGCUUGGAAGUGUGUGGGAUCAAAUUCCCAAACCCCUUUGGCCUGGCCAGUGCUCCACCCACCACCAGCGCGGCGAUGAUACGCAGAGCCUUUGAGCAAGGCUGGGGCUUUGCCCUCACCAAGACUUUCUCUCUUGACAAGGAUCUGGUGACCAACGUGUCUCCACGAAUCGUGCGCGGAACCACAUCAGGUCCACUAUUCGGCCCAGGCCAGGGCUCCUUCCUUAACAUCGAGCUCAUCAGUGAGAAAGCUGCAGAGUACUGGUGCCAGAGUGUGUCCGAGCUUAAGGCAGACUUUCCUCACAACAUUAUCAUUUCCAGCAUAAUGUGCAGCUACAACAAAGCUGAUUGGACUGAGCUUGCCAAAAUGGCAGAGGCUUCUGGAGCUGAUGCCCUGGAGCUGAAUUUAUCCUGCCCUCAUGGAAUGGGAGAGAGGGGUAUGGGACUCGCCUGCGGGCAGGAUCCAGAGCUGGUGCGGAACAUCUGCCGCUGGGUACGACAAGCUGUCACGAUCCCUUUCUUUGCCAAGCUGACCCCUAAUGUCACCAACAUUGUGGAUAUUGCCAAGGCUGCACAUGAAGGUGGUGCAGAUGGCGUCACCGCUACCAACACGGUCUCAGGCCUGAUGGGACUGAAGGCAGACGGCUCUCCCUGGCCUGGCAUCGGCCGAGACAAGCGCACCACAUAUGGCGGCGUGUCUGGCAACGCCAUUCGUCCCAUUGCCCUGCGUGCGGUGUCGGCCAUAGCCAGGGCACUCCCUGGUUUUCCUAUCUUGGCCACUGGGGGCAUUGACUCUGCUGAGUCUGGCCUACAGUUCCUCCAUGCCGGUGCCUCAGUACUGCAGGUCUGCAGUGCUGUACAGAAUCAGGAUUUUACAGUGAUAGAGGACUACUGCAUGGGACUGAAAGCUCUGCUCUAUCUAAAGAGCAUUGAGGAGCUGUGGGACUGGGAUGGUCAGUCUCCCCCCACUGUCCGCCACCAGAAAGGCAAACCUGUGCCCACUCUGCAAGAGCUGCUGGGGAAGAAAUUGCCAAAUUUUGGUCCAUAUCUUGAGGAGAGGAAGCUGGCCAUAGCAAACAACAGAGAGAAGCUAAGAGAUCUCAAAGACAACACACCUCCUUCCACUGGCUCAAGAAUUAACAGCCCUAAGAAACCUGUGCCAGCUGUUAAAGAUGUGAUAGCCCGAGCUCUGAAGCACAUUGGAGCAUACCAGGAGCUGAACAACCAGGAGCAAGUGCAGGCUCUCAUAGAUGAAGAGAUGUGCAUCAACUGUGGAAAGUGUUACAUGACCUGCAACGACUCUGGAUACCAGGCCAUUACGUUUGACCCUGAGACCCAUUUGCCUGUGGUUCAGGACAGCUGCACCGGCUGCACUCUAUGCUUCAGCGUCUGUCCCAUCAUCGACUGCAUCCAAAUGGUUACCAGGACAACGCCCUAUGUGCCAAAUAGAGGCCUCCCUCAAGCCAUCAUGCCUGUAUGCUGAAUGAAAGAAGAGAAAGAGACAGGAAAGAGAGAAAGAGUAUGAGGAAGAAUAAAAAAAAAAAAAAAAAAAGAAUCACCAAAUGUCUACAUCAGAGCAUUGAUUUCAGUACAUAAUUGCGGGGUGAAAAAUGACCUAUGUUGUAAGGGAGGGGGGAGCAAAUAAUUAGUUUUGAGAAAUAAUUGCCUUAUAUUCUGAAGCCAAUUAUCCAGAAAUAAUCGCACAGGCAAAAAUACUUGCGUUAUUUCAAAACAAUAGCAGGGCAGCGUGUUGUCGUGGAGUUCAUUCGCUCCUCUUCGUCAGGGCUGUGCUAAUGAGAAUGAAGAGGGACAAUUCAAAUUAUGGAUGUUCAUGAUGAUGCAGGGAGCCCAUGCCACCACUGCAUGCUGCGUCUCCCAGCAAAACAUAGUGACAGUACAUCCUGUAAGCUCACUGGUCAAAUAAGACAUUCUUUAAACAGGAAAUGGUCAGAUAUACAAGUGACUGUAAUAAAGACAGACAAGUAUUGAAUACUAUGAUGUGCAAACAUUUAUAACAUAUAUAAUAACAUAUGUUCUGUUGUCCUCUUGUUUUCAGUUUUACACCAACAUGUACAAAUGUUCAAACAAGCACAGCUCCUUUUGAAGCUUUGAUUAGUAAGUGGUUAUUCUGAGAGCCAGCCUGCUUGUGUUAUACUGUGAACGCCAUGCAGAAAGGUCACCGUUGACUGGUUCCAGAUCAUUAGAUAUGAAGACUAGCUGUGAUUCAUUCUAGACCCUAAAGGUCAGCUCUGACCACUUUUAUCUCAAUAAAUCCUCACUGCUCCGGGUUGCAAUGCUUUAUGCAACUGUUCCGUGUCAGCACUACAAAAUGUUAUUGCACAGGAACAGGAUGUGUCAAUGAGCUGUCACAAGGAAGGGCUGUGAGUUAUUUCAUUUAUUUAUCUGGCUGCGAACAGAGUGACACAGUAUUUCAGAUUAUAUCUGUAUUACAAAUAGAAUGUGAGUACUGAAAUUUGACUACUAAUUAAAGCAAUUUUUAAAUCA